AGGCGGCAACCUGCAACCAGUCUCACACUGCUCAGACUCUGCUGCUCGGGACACACAUCAAACCUAAACCUGCGGUGACAAAUAAAAACAUGGAGGACGAUAACAAGAAGAGGAUGAAGGAGAAAUUUGGCCUGAGGCGGGAUAUCUUUAAAGAGUUCUUGGCGGAGUUUCUGGGGAUAUUUGUCUUGAUACUCUUUGGAUGUGGUUCAGUGGCCCAGACUGUGCUGAGUAAAGGGGCUCUGGGGGAGCCCUUGACCAUCCACAUUGGCUUCACUCUGGGAGUCAUGAUGGCCGUCUACAUGGCAGGAGGAGUGUCAGGAGGUCAUGUAAACCCUGCUGUUUCCCUGGCCAUGGUGAUCCUGGGUAAACUUCCUGUCAAGAAGUUCCCUAUUUAUGUAGCAGCCCAGUUCCUUGGAGCAUUUGCAGGAUCCUGUGCUGUCUUUGGGCUCUACUAUGAUGCUCUGAUGGAGUACACCACUGGAGAAUUUGCAGUUACUGGUCCAAAUGCAACAGCCAACAUAUUUGCUUCAUAUCCAGCGAAACAUCUGUCAGUCCUUAAUGGAUUUGUUGAUCAGGUAAUUGGAACUGCAGCACUGAUCCUCUGUAUCUUGGCCAUCACUGACAAGAGGAAUCUUGGGGCUCCUAAAGGCAUGGAGCCGCUGUGCAUUGGCUUGGCCAUUACUGCCAUUGCAGUGUCUAUGGGCCUGAACUGUGGUUAUCCCAUCAACCCGGCCAGAGACCUGGGCCCGCGCUUCUUUACUGCUGUGGCCGGCUGGGGCAUGGAUGUGUUCAGGGCUGGGGGCUGCUGGUGGUGGAUUCCAGUGGCGGCGCCGAUGGUAGGUGGAGCUGUGGGAGCUGGAGUUUACUUCCUGUUUGUGGAGCUGCACCACCCUGAACCCGAGAAACAGGCCGAGAACAACAUCUCUGACAAGUAUGAGAUGGUCACCAUGAGUUAGGCCCCGACAUAAACAAGCACAAGACAAAAGUACAGAUAAGAGCAAAAUGAGUUUCCUUUAAGUACAACUGCUCGGCUACGACUGUGAUAAAGCACUACUUGAACAAUGUUUUUUAGCUGUUUAUAAAAAACAAUUACAUUUGUAUAUAAUAGUUAUGGUCGUACGUUAUUAUUUUUGCAUCUCUAUGACUCCGCUGCACUUUUGUUUUAUAUGUUUUGCCUGAAUAUUACAGUUAUUGGCAGUUCACUUAGAAACCCUACAGCCAAUAUUGCAUUUGUAUUUAUCCACACAAGUUUUUUCUUUUUGACUGAUUUCUUUUAUUAUAGUUGCAAUUGUUUAAGAGUAGUAUUUUUGUAUACAGUGUUUUGUAUCCGCAGUGUGAAUGUGCUCACUGAUGGCUGGCUCCUCCAUAUGUGUCAUUUUUACACAUCUGAUAUAAAACAUGCAUGGUUUAUAUGCCUGUUUGUUCAACUGUUAUGAGAAGUUUACAAUGGACAAAUCCUCAGUGACACUGUGAAUUUGUGGUGUAUUUUUUUUUUCCAUUUCUUGUAUUAAUACAAUUUAUAUGUUUGUAACACCUUUCAUGGUCUAAAAUAUUUAUUGUAGCUAAGCCAAUCUGUUAAAAUGACAUUAAUGUAGAGCAUUAAAUGUUG